CCAAUCCACCAUGAUCUACAAGAAAGUCCUUUAGAGGAUCUUUUAGCCAAUCACUGAACGACAGCACUAAACCAGUUUGCUUAGUUUAAGAAAAAGGCCACGUCUUCGGCUUUUUCCUGCCUGGUGCAGCGGGGGCAGUAUUAUUUUUUUCAAUACAGAAAAGUUUUUCGUAAAACAAUUUUUCAAUUCAGUUAGAUUUCGAACUUGUUACAAUGUUGAUCAAUUAUCUAUUGCUUGUGUUUCUCUUUCUUGGAGUUCGUGGCUCCGAAGACGAUGUUAUCGAAUUAACUGACAGUGAUUUCUCCACUCUAGCUAACCAUGAAAAUUCACUUGUCAUGUUUUACGCACCAUGGUGCGGACAUUGCAAAAGAUUGAAACCCGAAUUCGCAAAAGCAGCGGAAUUAUUAAAAGACAAUGAUCCUCCAAUUUCUCUAAUCAAAGUUGAUUGUACUGAGGGCGGAAAAGAAAGUUGUAACAAAUUUUCCGUCAGCGGUUAUCCAACUUUGAAAAUAUUCGCUGGUAGUGAUAUGGUAAACGAUUACAAUGGUCCAAGAGAAGCAGCAGGAAUCGCAAAAUAUAUGAAGGGACAAGUUGGUCCGGCUUCGAAAAAAUUAUCUGAUGUAAAAGCAUUAGAAGCAUUCUUGGACUCGAACGAUGUUGGAAUUGUUGGUUUCUUUGAAAAAGAAGAUUCUUCCUUGGCCACGACAUUCCAAACUGUUGCCAAAAAACUUCGUGAAAAAUUCCAAUUUGCUCACACAUCAGAGAAAUCAGUUAUUAAGGAAAAGAAAAUGAAAGACAACAUUGUUUUAUAUCGACCAAAAGUUCUUCACAAUAAAUUCGAAGACGAUAGUGUUACAUACGAGGGACAAGAUUCAAUUGCUGACAUUAUUGAAUUCAUUUCAAGCAAGGCUCACGGAAUGGUUGCAGUAAGAACACGUGACAAUCAUGCAGAUUUCAAAAAUCCAUUGGUGGUUGCCUACUACAAUGUCGAUUACAAAAAGAAUCCCAAGGGCUCAAAUUAUUGGCGUAAUCGAAUUUUGAAAGUGGCUAAGAAUUUCCCAAAAUUGAAUUUUGCCAUUUCAGCGAAAGAUGAUUUUCAACAUGAAUUAAAUGAAUUUGGAGUUGAAUUCUCCGAUGGUAAGAAGCCAAUUGCACUUGCACGAAAUGAGAAAAAUCAGAAAUUCGUUAUGCAAGAUGAAUUCACAGUUGAGACAUUUGAGAAAUUUUUGACCGAUUUGGAAGGUGAUAAACUUGAAGUUUACAUGAAAUCGGAAGCAAUUCCUGAGGAUAAUAGCGGUAAUGUUAAGGUUGCAGUUUCUAAGAACUUUGACGAUAUUGUAAUGAAUAAUGAUAAGGAUAUUUUAAUUGAAUUCUAUGCACCAUGGUGCGGACAUUGUAAACAAUUGGCACCAAUUUUUGACGAAUUGGGUGACAAAAUGGCCAAUGAGGAUGUUGAAAUUGUUAAGAUGGACGCAACAGCCAACGAUGUGCCACCACUAUUUGAGGUACGUGGUUUCCCAACACUUUUCUGGUUGCCAAAGGACUCAAAGGAUAAACCCAUGAAAUAUGAGGGUGGACGACAAUUGGACGAUUUCGUGAAAUAUAUCGCUAAACACUCAACAGAAAAACUUAAAGGUUUCAAUAGAAAGGGCGAGGAAAAAAAAUCAAAGGAGGAGUUGUAAAAAAAAUUUGCCAAAAAAAAAAAAAGGAAUUUUUUUUAUUGAAAAAUAUUGUUGAUAAAAUUUUCUUUAUUCGAAGAAGAUUCUCUAGAAUAUCUAAAAUUCAGAUAUCGUCCAAGUGAUCAUUUUUUUAAAAUUUAUUAUAAGCAAAUAGUUGAGAGUCAAAUUUUACAAUUUAUGCGAGAAUGUUUUUUUUUUUGAUAAAUAGAAGUAAUGUAUCUUAAGAUGGACGAUUAUUGGAAUUUGUAUUGAAAUAUACAUUUGAAAUAAGUGUUCAUUUAGGUAGGCUGUAAAAUUGAGUUUAAAAAAAGCAUGAUUGAGUUCUUUUUGUAAAAUUUAUGUACAUUUUUAUAUUGAAAAAUGCAAAUUAGUGAGAGAGGGUAUGUACGAUUUUUUCUAUAUGCGUGAAAUGUGAGAAAGAAAGAACUCCGUCUGAUUUUUUUUUUUUUAUGUACAAGAAAAAGAUACAAGAACUGAUUUUCUAACCAGUUAAUAAACUUCAUUCCACGUUUAUAUAAAUGAAAAAAAAAAUGCUGGUUCAGAUAAUUUAUAAAUAAGUCAACUAUUGAUUUUUUUAUUAAAAUAAAAAUCAUAAUAAAUUGUUUUAUAUGAAAAACUUA